UCAGUAGUUGCAGAGACACGAACGGUAUAGGUGUAAGGUGUGUGUGCGCGGAAGAGGCGUCGGCGUUUUGCGUAGACAAAGGAAAAGACACAAUAGAGAAAUAAAGUGUGCAGUUUAAGACUGGAAUAGAGAGAGGGAGCGAGAGUGUGCGAAAGAGAAAAAGAACUGAGCCGACGUUCUCUACAACGAAAGGAAGUUCAGUGGCUUGUUUUAUUAUUGUUGAUUUAUCUCGAAGAGCGAGGAGCCAUCUUGGCAGGAGAUACGGUGGCCGGCGAAGGUCACCGGAUGAAGCAAAAGCAGCAGUUGAACACGAGGAGGAACAGAGUUUGGCAAGAUAUUUGCUUUAAGCGCAGAUAGCGUUGGCAUUAUUUUUCAACCGUUUCACGGAGGCUUAUUCGCAAACAGCUCACCAGGUCAAGUGAGCGAUGACGAACUCAACGCCCAAGAAGAACAAGAUCGAACGUCAGGGCUCGCCCAACGGCAAAAAGUGGACUCCACAUCAGCGUAAAUCCGUUACUCACUUCGCUUCGUCAGCAGUGGCGAGCAAAGACGUGACGACGACGUCGCUGUCUGUGGCUCAUGUCGCCGUACAGCAGCCAUCGACCCCGAUCACCAAGAAGCAAAGCCCAGCCGCUAACAGGCAAAGCUGCAGCCCAAGCAACAAAAGCACGCAGCCGAUGCCACGAUCCUCACCCCUGCGCCACGAUAGUUCCAGGGGCAGCCCAACGAGUAAUUUCUACGCGGGGGCCAAGUUCUCGGAACCGCCGUCGCCGGCGACAUUGCCGAAGCCGCCGCGUCAUUGGACUGGCAUAAUGCGGACAAAUACGUGCGGCCAGCAGUCCGACCGAAUGAUGAUGCUGCCAUGUAACAUCACCCAGCACUUCAGCAAAAUUAUCAAUGCUCAGGCCUGAUCCAUAACUACCACCACCAUCUAUAAUAGCAAGCUCAGCUUUGCUGCUGCCCUAUUAACUACUACGGGCCAUCGAUAGAACACACAUGCACACACACACACAGACAACACAACCUACAUACACAGAAGACACAAGGAGAAGCUGCGUAAAGUGCGUGUCUCUUCGGGGAUCUUUGUUUUCUCCGCGAUGCAUAACGGCCAACAUUCUUCGGCAACAAGACCAGUGCGACAACAAAGAUGUGUGAUGAUUGCCUUGUAGGAGAGACGAGGGACAUGACGAGAAGAAGAGGAAGGAAAACAAAAAAGAGAAGUUCGCACCCUACUAUAUUCGUAAAGUUUAUAUACGAAUAUUAUACAAGUGUGUGUUGCCCAAAAUGAACUCUCUUAAUGCUGUGGCGGAACUUUUUAAAAGCUCGCCACAUAUAUAUUAUAAACAAUAUACGCUUUUCUUUCUCGUUUCCCCUUCCUCGCGCAAUACUACUGUAACUAGUACUACUGCUAUACUAUCGUUUCAUCUCUCUCUCUUUGGUUUUUUUUUAUUAUUCGUUUAAGGUUCAACAAGAGUAUUUUUAUGUUUAUCCUUUUUUUUGCACGCGAUAUUGCAAAGCGAUCGAUGUUUAUUGUAUCCCGAAAAGGAAAAGCGCGCGAGUAUUCAAUGUAUUCGUUAGUAAUUUUACUGUUUUUACAAAUAAAAAUGGCGCAAAUUCAAUCUUCUAUGACGAAACAAGUGAAUUUCUCACGCGUGGGAGAAUCACGAUGACAAUACAUUAAAACAAAAGAAAAUGAUGAUACAUAAAAAAAAAAUUUUGAUUUAUUUUACACACAUAUAAGUGGUGUACUUUAUAAACAAAAAAAUUAAAUAAAAUAAAAUGUCUUAAUCUGUUUUGUAGAGACGUGAAAGUAAGAUUGAGUUUGCACACGAAAGAAGGAUUGCUUCUAGCAAGAACAACCUUUAGAAUUGCAAAGUAAAAUUUCUUCGUAUUAAUACAUAUGUAAGUCGAGAGAGAAAGUGUAACCACUCUUCCGACUCGAAAAACGUUUAAGUUAAUUUAACUUGUGCCUUAAUUUGAAUAUAACAAAUUCGUUUCUUUUUUUUGGUUAUUGAAAGAAAAGAUAAAAUUAAAUGCAAAUUACGUAUUUUUUGUUGGUGCAUUCACAUCGAAAACAAAUUCGAAAGAAAUAUAAAUAUAACUAGUUUACAUUGUUUCAUUACCGUAUAGUUCUCGAGUCGGACGACUAAACAAAUGUGUGCGUGUGAGCGAGUGUGUGUGAGUUGCAAAUGGUAUUAUAUGAUAAUAAACAAGUAGUACGUCUUUCAAUGAAUCGCGCGAGGAUGAAAAAUCGUAUAUAUACAUAUAUGUAUCGAGUAGCAUUUACUUUUAAUCUUGAGGUAGAAUUUCUUUUUAUCAACCAGCAUAUGUACUAUUCGCUUGAUUCCGGGACGAAAAAGGCUCGUUAUCGUUUUUUAUUUUCAAGUUCCUCUGCUUCAUUCUUAUAUACGUUUUUUUUUCGUUUUUGUUUUUUUUUUUUUUUUUUAUAUUGCAGAUUUUUGUGUUCCUUUUACCGACGAGACGACAGACGCGUAGAGUCAUACACAAUCUUUUAAAAAACAGCUCUCGAUAACGAGCAAACAAUAUUCAAUAUGAUAUUCGAGACCGAUAAAAUAGUCACGUGUAAAAGCCUAGAAAAUGGGUUUAAUACGAAAGCAAAGGGAGUUUAUCAAUGAAAUUAGCUGUGAUUAUUGACUUAAAGGUACUACUAAUUUUUUAAUCUAGUAUCUCACCAAUGCCCAGGCGAGCAAAUCAAGAUAAAAAUUGUAAUGAUCUUACUAAACGAGAUAAUUACAUAUUCGACCAUAUGUAUAUAGAUAAACGACACUCGGAAAUUAAUAAAGACACACGCAUUGUAUUGUAUAUGUACUACUACGGUAAACCAGAAAAAAGUAUGUUACAUUGUAAACGUUUAAAUUGUAAGAAAAAAAACACCUCCGAGGAGCGAGUAAUUUUUAAGAGUUAAGUCAAUACGUCACGUCAAAACGAUACUCACGCAUCCCUACACACACGUAUACACAUACACACUCACACAUUAUACAAUUAUAAUCACAAAUUCACACUUAGUUGGUAAGAAAAGAAUUUAAGAAAAUAAGGCGAGGGCGACUGGCCUGGGCCGCUUCGAUUCUUCGGACUUUUGAAACAGCUCCCAGUCGAUCUGCAUUUUAUGUGAUACUACAACGUACAAAGUGAAAAGAUAGCCGUUCGUCGCAUCGAAAGACAUAUAAUCAAUACUCCAAGAUCUCUUGUUUACGUUUGUUUUCAAAUUGCUGUCUCAUAUUUCCAUUCGGCGUUGCGACUAAGUAAAAUUCGUUCAUUGUUAAUUUUAAGAAGAUACAAAAAAGAAGAUUAUACAUGUGAAAAAAAGAGAAAAAAAUUACAAAAAAAAAAUUGUUUUUAUUUUUUAAACGCGGGAAAGCUAAGAUCCAUCGUAUUACUGAACCCAAUAAGAAAAAGAUUGCGUCUUCGCGCAGCUUCGCAAGAAACACACACACCAUACAUACAACAUAUACACAAAGCGUCGAAUGAAUAAAAAAAUUCUACGUAAGAACAAAGAAAUGAAAAUGAAUAUGUACGCGCGUAAUUAGCUCGUAAGACUGUAGCCGUUAAGAUGAUGACACAAGCGAAUUCCAAACAAGGAGGAAGAAAGCGUGUCGCUAAACGCGCGUCAGGGCGACCAUAUUACAGAAAUAAACCGGACUAUAGAAUACACGUGUACAUAGAAAGCGCGAUUGUUUUUUGUAAAUUUCCGCGAAUCGUCUCUGCGAAAUGAUGAAAAGAGACAAUUAGUCGCCCCGGCGGGCAAUACAAAUUAAAACUGUAAUGACAGUAUCGAUGGAAGUUCUUCAACGUCUUUCUCCCUCCUUUGAACUUAGUCUUUAAAGAGGAAAGGAAAGAGUCGCGCAGACCUAAUAAUCAAAAGCCAGCAGAAAGUGUCUACGCACAGAUCCAAGUCGUUCGGCAACGCGGAAGAUUUUUGCAGUUUUUGUCAUGAAAGGAACAAAAAAGAUUGUACGAUUGCUUGAGAAUUGUAGUUGCGGAUGACCGAGCGACCGAAUAAAAUAAAAAAAAAACACAUUUGUAAGGAUUUAUCGUCCGCCCACUGGCGGAAUGCACUGAUUACAUUAUAGAGAGUGGAGAUAUGUGCGAUUGUUGUCUGUAUGAGAGAGCGAGAAAAAAGUGCGUCGUCAAAAUUGCUCGAGUCCUCACGUCCGCGGAUAACACUUCUCGCGCGUGUAAGCAGACGAUUUCUUUGUUAAAGAGUUUUUCUAUGCCGCGAGGUUGUUUAACCACCGACGCGGGGACUACAUAUAUAUGAUAUAUUAUAUACAUAUACAUAAAUUAUAUAUUAUGUAAAUGAGAAACGAGUAAAAAACCGUCUCCACCGAUCGAAGCAUUUUUACGUUUGUUUUUACAUUUUAAUGUGAGCGAGAAAGUUAGCGAGCGAUGAAUGUAUGUAUUUCAUGUAUGCGUGCGUGUUUGGCGGCCAAUAAACUGUGAUUUGAUCGUUGGCCAGCCGUUGCCCAAAGCCGGGAGGAUGCGCUUUAACAAAUUGUAAGAAGAUAUAAACACAUAUAUGGAUUAUAUGUAUAUAGCGAGGAAUUUGUUAUUGUAAAGAGAUAGGCACGUGGUUCAAAGUAUGGUAUUGGAACGAGCACUAUUUGACAAUUGGCAUAUCAAGGAACGAGAAGAUAAAAGAAAAGAAAUGUCGCCGAAAGGAUUAGGAUCGAUGAGAAGAAAGUCAAGCCUCAUGCGGCCGAAGAAUUUUGCUCGGAUGAAGCUUAACAAGUGCGAGGAUGCGGAUAUUGGCACUUGGUAGCGAGGACUUGUGCAAAGUGAAUACAAAAAGUAAUAAUAAAAGUCGAAAAAGAUGCGCGUAUCCCCCGAGGAUGGAAGCACACGGCGAGAGUGGCGGCGCAACGGAUGAUGCCGAACCCCGGCGAACAUAUAUAAAGAAGCUCCAGGGGUUUUCUUGUUAUCUGACGCCCGCGCAACCAAAACAGCCACAGAAAAUUAUCAAGCUGAAUAACAAACAUAAAAAAAAUCAUUUGUCUUUUUCGUCGAUUUUGACGAAUAAAGCCAAAACCCAAAAAAAUAAAGAGAGAAAGAGCGUUUAUGAGUAUGAGAGCGAGUCUUCCAGUGUGCGACAACAAACAGAGCCGUCGAAAUAACAUGUAAUUUUUUUUCUACUAUCCUUUAGUCCUUCAACCACUUCAACACAACCAGAUCCCCUUCAACUCAAGUUUCGGAUUCAUCAACGACGACUCCAUCAAAAUUCUGUAAUUUUAACCGAGAAGAAUAACAAAAUUUUCAUCCUUUAUCCUUCGAUCCAGCAGUUUAUUCCCUUUUCCUAUUUCCUUUUCCCUAGGGCCCUUUUCAGGGCCCGUACAUUUUUCACAAUGGAGGAUAAGCUAUUUAGUUCUGCCUGAAAACUGCCCUUCUCAGGGCAAACGAAAACCAAUCUGCCCUUUUCAGGGCAAAUCAAUAAAGUAUGAACGAAUGGCCUUUUUCAGGGCAAUAUUUAUUGGUAUAUUUUUCUGCAUACAAUCUGCCCUUAUCAGGGCAACUUUCUUUCAGAUUGUUCAAGAUACUGUGAUCAAUAAGACUGAUGGACCAUGAGAAAGUCAAGAAUUCUAUGGUAUAAUUUAAUCGUUUGAUCGAAGCCAGGGUCCAUUUCUAAAAGGCCAUGAAUUCAAGCGUGCAGUACGAGGGUCAAUCGCUAGUCAAAGGUUCUUUAUAUUCGAAGGCACAUCUGUAGAAACGAAGUCACAAGGGUCAAUCUUCAAGGAUUAUCCUGUAGGAGGUUCAAUUGUGGAGUGGCGAAGCUUGUAAAUAUAGUAACUUAUAUUAUCAAUAUAUUUUAUUUUCAAAUUUCACAUUUAACAAUGACAAUCUUACAUAACAUUAAGUGUUUCUAAACUUUAAUAUAAAAAUACAAUCGCCUACUGUUGCUUUCUUUAGUGUUGAAAAAUGAAACUAAUAAUUUUACUCAUGAUCUUUCGUAUACAAUACGUCAUUUGAUACUUUUAAACCACAUCAUUUUGUUUGCUCCAACAUCACUUUGUAAUGAAAAAUAUAACGUUGAAUGGAUAUUUUACUGGUAGACUUUCGAUUUUUUCAUCCGGUCCAUAGUAACGUCCAUAUAAUUACUAUAGCUUUCUUCUAUAAUAAUUAGAUUCGUAUAUAAUAUUUUUUUACUAUCUUUCACCAAUAAUUCACGUUUUUUUCAUUGAAAGUACUUAAGAUACGUUUCGCUGAACAUAAAACAGUUUUGACAUUGUUUGAGAAAAAAAAACAGUAUACGAAACUGUACUAAAAUAUUUUUACUUCGUAUUUUCUUUAUUUAUAGUACAAGAGAAAUAGAGAAAAGUAAUAUUAAAUAUUACAGAAAUACUUAUAUUUAUUUAAUAUUUAUUUUAUAUAUAUAUAUUUUUAUACAUUAUUUUUAUUAGCAUUAAAAUUGAAAAUUGGUAAUUAUUAACUUCAUCUAAUUAAGUACCUACGAUAAUGCAAAUAACACAUUCAAUUAUAUAAAUA